UGAAAUUUGUUUCAUACCCUUUUUGGAAAGUCUUAAUAGGCGAAUUCCAUACAAUAUUGACCAUUUUCUUAUAUAUUUUCUGUAAAAAAUCGCGCUAACGCUUUUUCAACGAGGUUGAAAUCAAAUCAAUCUAGUUCAUUUUUAAUUUCGAAAGGAAACAUAAAAAGUUAAGGCAGUGGUAAAUUGUGAAUUUGUGUGCUAAAACACGCAGAUUUGUGGCGACGAUUUAGAAUCAUGACAACGAGAUCUUAAUGAUUACAAAGAAGAGCUACCGACGCUUUAAAAUAGUGAACAGAAAAUACUACAAGAACACAUAACCGCGAGUAAUUUCCAUUUGUGACUCAAUUUAUUUUCAAAGUGAUACUUCUAUUAUUCUGCGUUUUCUUUAAAUUGCUGAUAUGUCGAUCGUACGUUCAACCGGUGAUGUGAUCGGGUUUCUGUUACUAUCGCUUAUUGCGAUUUUGGAAGGAAUUAUAAAAGUGUUCAUCCCGAGGAAAUAUAAAAUGAAAAGUGUCACCGGUGAAAUUGCCCUAGUCACAGGUGGUGGAGGCGGGCUUGGCAGAUUAAUAUCCUUGCGAUUAGCUAAUUUGGGAGCCAUAGUUGUCGUCUGGGAUAUCAAUAAAAACGGUAUUGACGAGACGGUGAGCCUUGUACAAUCUAUGGGUGGCACGUGUUACGGUUACAUCUGUAACCUAUGCGAUCGUGAGGAUGUCUACAAAAAAGCAGCUCAACUCCAACAAGAAGUUGGCAAGGUGUCCAUUCUCAUAAACAAUGCUGGCGUCGUCACGGGCAAACGAUUUCUAGAAACCUCCGACGAAUUACUUAUCAAGACUAUGGAUGUAAAUGUAAUGAGUCAUUUUUGGACCGUGAAAGCAUUUCUUCCUGCUAUGAUGGAAGACAACAAAGGCCACAUCGUGAGCAUAGCAAGUAUGGCAGGUUACGUGGGAAUCUCCAAAUUAGUUGAUUACUGUACAUCGAAAUUUGCAGCAGUUGGUUUCGAAGAAGCUCUCCGAAUGGAGCUCGAGGCUGAAGGAUACAACAUAAAUACUACAGUAGUAUGUCCCUACUUUAUUCGCAGUACAGGAAUGUUCGAGGAAGUUCAAUCAAGGUUUGUGCCGACUUUAAGCCCAAACGAGGUCGCUGACAGGGUUAUUACGGCUAUGCGGUGUAAUGAGAAAAUUGCCAUCCUCCCGAGCUAUCUUCAAGGUCUGCUAGCCGCUAAAUGGAUAUUUCCUUGGACAUGCGUUGGAAUGUUUCUUCGAGGAUUAGUGAGAGAUGCUUCGCCGAAGGACAACGAUUCGAUGGGUUCCUUGGUACGCAGCGAAAAAUCUAGCAGACUUUCCAAAGAUGAGGAUAGCGUUGCUCUACAACAUCAAAAAUUGGCUCGGCGCAUGUUGAGUUCAGAAAAAAAGCUAUGAGAGGUCUGCGGCUAUUAUGUGUCUUAUGAUGAAAUGAGAGGGGACGAACUUUCUAUGAGAAAAACUAAAUAUAAUAAUUGACCGUACGAAAGUUGCUUCUACUAUUAUGUCGAAAAAGUAUAAGUCUUACUUCCAAUAAACAUGUGUGAGAGUGAUCGAUUGA